AUGAGUGAGUUGGAGCAACUACGUCAGGAGGCAGAGCAGCUACGCAACCAGAUAAGAGACGCCAGGAAAGCAUGUGGAGAUUCAACUCUGACUCAAAUCACUGCUGGUCUGGAUCCUGUUGGGCGAAUUCAGAUGAGAACAAGACGCACUCUUCGUGGUCAUCUUGCUAAAAUCUAUGCCAUGCACUGGGGCACUGACUCCAGGCUGCUGGUUAGUGCCUCUCAAGAUGGAAAACUCAUAGUUUGGGACAGUUACACCACUAAUAAGAUCCACGCCAUUCCUCUGCGCUCCUCAUGGGUCAUGACAUGCGCAUAUGCCCCCUCUGGUAAUUAUGUGGCAUGUGGAGGUCUCGACAACAUCUGCUCCAUCUACUGCUUGAAAACACGAGAAGGCAACGUCCGGGUGAGCAGAGAGCUGCCAGGACACACAGGAUACCUUUCAUGUUGCCGUUUCAUAGAUGACAAUCAGAUCAUUACAAGUUCAGGAGACACCACAUGUGCACUGUGGGACAUAGAGACGAGUCAGCAGACCACGGUGUUCUCGGGACACACCGGGGACGUCAUGAGCCUGUCUCUGUCUCCGGACCUGCGCACCUUUGUAUCUGGAGCUUGUGAUGCUUCGGUCAAACUCUGGGACAUCAGGGACAGCAUGUGCCGACAGACCUUCACUGGACAUGAGUCUGACAUCAAUGCGAUUUGUUUCUUUCCCAAUGGCAGUGCAGUUGCCACAGGGUCGGAUGACGCCACCUGCAGGCUGUUUGACCUCCGUGCGGACCAGGAGCUGGGCCUGUAUUGCCAUGACAACAUCAUCUGUGGCAUUACCUCGGUGGCGUUCUCCCGCUCCGGACGUCUCCUCCUGGCUGGUUAUGACGACUUUAACUGCAACAUCUGGGACGCCAUGAAGGGCGACAGAGCAGGAGUGCUGGCGGGCCAUGACAAUCGAGUGAGCUGUCUGGGGGUGACUGACGAUGGGAUGGCAGUGAGCACCGGCUCCUGGGAUAGCUUCCUAAAGAUUUGGAACUGA